UUGACAUUUUACGGGAAAAGAAAGUAGAAGUUCAAAAGUCAUUUUCUAAAAAAUAUCGGCCAUGUCAUCAUUCUACAGAUAAGCGUUAUGAAACAUAACCAAACACAGAAUGAGUAAUAAGACCAUUCGUUACGUUUUGGACCUGAAAAGUCUUCAUUAAACGUUUGCAGCUUUGUUUUUUGCAGAAUUGCAGUGUCAGGGUGUAGCUGACAGUUGAAGACACAAUGUCGUAUCAUGGUGGGAGAAGUGGGAGGGGAAAGGCGAGAGGCUUUAAUAGAACGGAAGAGCUCUGCCAUAGCUUAGGACUACAUUACCCACCAGAUGCUGGCCAGGUAUAUGGAUUCAUCCAGCUGAUUAAGGCUGAUGCUGAGAAGUUUCUAAAUGUUGGUGAACUUAAACAGGCCGAGAAUCUCUACACCAUGGCCCUGCUGGGUUUUGACCUCUGUCCAUAUGACCCUGCAGUGGCCAGUGAGAGGCAUAAACUACUCUGUAACAGGUCAUUGGUGUACCUGAGGAUGAGGAGAUACAAGGACUCUGAGCAAGAUGCCUCGCAGGCAAUAGCUGUUUGUCCAUCGUUUAUCAAGGGUUACUGGCGAGGUAGUCAAGCAGUGAAGGGUGGGUUUAACGGUGUACAGCGGGCAAUGCCCUAUCUGAUCGAGGGCCUGCAUCAUGCCAACGGAGAUGAUGGAACCCAGAGUGACAUCGUUACAUUCCUCACAGAGAUCUUUGCUCUUAUACCAAAGGCCCCUCGUACAGUGCAAAUGGAAUGCCUCUUGAAUGAUAUCUGCAUGCCAGAUGAGGAGGAUGUAGAAAUAUGGUACAAAGUGAUCGCGAAGCUGGCUGCUGGACAUCACUGGGAAGGGCUUGGAGUAGUUUACGGCUUUUAUCCCAACUGCCCAUCAAGUUCAAUAGACGACCUGGACAUUGAUUGGGAAGGAAGUUGCCAAUCAGUUAGUCUGGGGACCAUGCUGUGUGAGCUGCAGGACAGUGCUGUCAAGUCAUGGGGAGAAGAUUUGGCCACAUGUCUUAUUGACAAUGGGGCUUCUGUGGACGAAAUCGGCCAGAAAAAUGGCAUACCGACUAUCCACUUUGUGGUCAAACUAUCCUUGAGAAUAAAAUCUUUAAAUCUGCUGAACAAAGUUCUUGACAGUUUGGAUGAAGACAAACAGAAUGCCCAGAAUGCGGACGGCAACACGGCUCUCCACAUACUUACCAUAUUGGACAAGGCCAACUCUGACAUUGGUUUGAUGGUUCUCGAGUGUUUGCUACGGUGUAAGUGCAGUACCACAAUUGUGAACAAGUACAACAAGAAACCGAUAGACUAUCUGAAGGAGGAGGAUAAGGCCUACCCUUUUCUCCUCAAUAGUACAAAAAAAUCAGUUGAAGAGUUGAAAAAAGACAUAGAGGAUCUCAAGAAUGAUGGCAACAACGCUCUCAAAGCAAAACAGUAUGACAAGGCUCUCAAAUAUUACGACGAUGGCAUUAAGAUUUCCCAGAAGUCCAAACUCCUGUAUAAGCAUGCGGCCAUAUUGUAUAGUAACUGCGCGAAUGUUCACUUCACCCUGUCUCGGUAUCAGGAGGCGUUGACCAAUGCCAAAGCAGCAAUAUCGUGGGAUAAUUCAUAUCAUAAGGGCCACUGGUGGCAUGCCAAGACUCUAGUCACAAUGGGAAGAAUGGAGAAUGCGUUCACAGCUUAUGUGGACGGUUUUGUAAAAGCUGAAGUCAACACCGACACCAAGGUCAACUUUCUCAUGGAGGCCGUGCUGCUGCUCAAACAAAUACCCAAGACACAGCUAAUCCAUUGUUGUAACCAACUACGAUUCCUGGAUCGAGAGCUAUGGCCUGGUAUAUUAGCCAAGCUGAGUUUGGUAGCGGACUGGCAUUCAAUGGCCAUUCUUAUCAUGGGUCAUGGCUACGACACAAAGUCAAGAUAUGGCAAAAAACUUAUAGUUGAGACCAUAGAGGAACUGUGUUCAGGAGUGGCAGGUUCCAGCAAUACCCGUGAUGUAAAAUGCAGUACCGUUUUCGAUUUUCUUGGCUCCUGUGGGGAAGUGAAGCAUGUUGCCCAUUGGCUGGAUGCUACACUGUUAUCUGUCUAUUUCCAUGGCGGACAGGCAACAUUCCGCAGCUUAUGUGUCGAUGACAAUGAUACCAUGCCUCACGCUGUUGUCAGAUUUGCGCUGAUUACAGGUCGAACAGGGCUCUUUGAAUCAAUCCUCAUUCAAGUCUCUCUUGAAGCGUCUGCCAGUGAAAACAAAGUUGGAGACAGCCUUUUCCACACUAUCACCAAGCUGCGUCCGCUUCCGGGAGCCAAGAUCCUAGGAAAGGUCACCGAAAUGCUCAUCAAUAAAGGGCUUAGUGUGAUGCGGAAGGACUCCACGGGGAGGUUGCCAGUGGACUAUCUGGACAACAAAUACCCAGGACACAUCUUUGACCUGUUCUUCAAGAAAACUAGCCAUGUGUCGAUUAAAGAGAUUUUGCGGCUAAAAGAUGAGGGGAAUAUUCAGUUCAAGAAAGGCCAAACCCAGGAUGCUGUACAUUUGUAUUCGGAGGCCAUCAAUAUCUUCAAGAACUGUGGUUCACAGACCGCUCAUACAAAUUUCUCUCAAAGGGACAUAGCUGUGUUGUAUGGUAACAGAUCAGAGGCAUUCCUUAAGCUGCAAGAGUUUGAUCUGGCCUAUGCUGAUGCUAUGGACAGUGUAUCUUUUGAUGGACAUUGGCACAAGGGUCACUUGAGGGUUGGCCGGGCACUUGCAGGACUGGGCAAGUACACGCAGGCAUUAAAGGCACUGGGCAAUGCAUACCAUGACGUAGACCGUGGAACAGAUGACAAGGUGAAGGUUGAAGUCCUUGUGGAGAUGACAAGUGUCUGCUCUUACAUUCCAGGUAGAAGGCGAGUGGAAGAGAUACCCCGUGGUGAGGGUCAUGUUUGGGCCCAGGCAUGUUACGAGCUAGUAACCAAGGGCAACUGGGACCUUGGGGCUGUCGCCUUUCAUCAGUAUGACGUUGGGCAGCGCAAACAACCUCAUCUGACCUUGACCCUUAAACCUCUGUGUAACCUUGAAAGACUCAAGCGGCAUGCAUGGGGUGUGGACCUGAUGAGAUUUCUCCUUGAGUGUGGAUCGGACAGAAGGACAAUCUCACUGGUGAAUGGUGACACAUAUCUGCAUGCUGUUGUCCGGAUCACACUCCUUGUUGGUGUGAGCACAAAGUUCCUGCAGUAUCUUGUCCAUCAGUAUUGUGGUCGUGGCAAUAUGGACCAACACAAGCUAGAUAACCAUGGAAACACCGUGCUACAUACUGCUGCUCUUGAGAGAGGGGUGGAUAGAAACAAAAGACAAGAGACGUUAGUCCUGUUGCUCCAGCAUGAAGUGGACCCCAGAGUUCGCAACCAUUACUCUCAUCUGGCUAUAGAGUACCUGCCCCCAGAGGAAUAUCAGAACAGGGAACUGUUGCGGAAGGCCUUCUACAAAGAAAAUAUAUCAAAAUUCCUACCAUCCCAGCAUUCAUCAAAACAAGCCAACCAAUCAGGGACCAGAGGCAAGCCUCCUUCUGCAAGCAGCCAAUCAGAAGGAAGCAGACAGCAGCCUCAAUAUCAAGGCAGCCAAUCGAACAAGCCAAAAAAAGCACAAGCCUGUGAUAUCUGUGAUGAUCUCUAUACUCAGGGAAAUAUAAAGUUAAGUGAAGAUAAUGUAGAAGAUGGUUACAGCAGAUUAGCCGAGUGCCUGGGCCAAACCCACAAAAGUCUCCGGCAUGAGAAUAUUGCUGCAAAAUGUGUCUCCAGUAUAGUUGGCAAGCUUGCCGAGUCCCAUAACCCUGAAAUCCACAGCAGUCUUUUGGGGCUUGGCAAGCUGUACGUGGGUGAUAUACUAGAAAACCUGGCCACCAAAAACAAGUGGAGACAGCUUGACAUUCUAGUCAGGAGAUACAGAACCAAACAUGGCAGUGACCAGCUUAAAGGGUUUGCCUGUAGCCUGUCGGUGGUGCCCGUGAUCAGGGAACUGUCUCUACUGGGAGCCGAGGACGUUAAACUGCAGAUUGUAGUCAACUUGCUCAACAGUGGGGCCUCUCUUGGCUCUGAUAAUGGACAAUCAGCUAUCAAGUCAGCGGUGGAGGUUGAACAUUUCCGUGUGGUAUGUGAGCUGGUCAAGCGUGGUGCCGAUAUAUCGGGGAUGUCAGUGUACAAGGGGGACACUCCCAUACAUGCUGCCACUCUCAUCGUCUUGGAAAAGGAGAAAAACCUGUCCAUGUUAGAAUUCUUGUUGGAUCAAUAUGAGGAAAGUCAUGAGAAGUAUCCUCAUUUGGACCCCGAACAGUCGGACAAGAACGGAGACUGUCUGUUCCACCUUGUAGCUCGCGCCAAGUAUAACUCCCAUGUGCUCAAGGUGACCGAGGCUCUUUGCAGACGGACCUUGUCUGCAAACUAUUGCAACAAAGAUGGCAAGCUGCCCCAACACUACAUAAUCAAGAAAAAUGACCGCAGGCUACAAUUUAUUCGACUUGCGACAUCUGUCCAGCCAUCAAGGGAGCAAACCUACCUCCCGAAACACCAGCAUAAGGGGAACCACUCUUCCUCCAAUCUUGAAGAGUUAAAUGACAACUCAAGGCCAGCAGAUAGGGAACUAAGCAGAGAAACAGUUCCAGAGGUUGUGAAGACAGUAAGUGUGAAAGAGAAAAGGAGGAAAGACAUUGAAGGUUUGAUCCGACUACUGCCUGAUAGCAGACAUUCCGUAUUCAGUAUCGACUCUAGUCCUUCUACUAAGAAAGGUACAAUUGAUGGUGCCGGAGAUAGUGGAAAUGUUGGUAAAGCUGGUAAGACUGAUGCUGGUGAAGAUGAAAUGGGAAGUAUAAGUGAAGCAAGUGCUGUUAAAGAUACUUGGGAGGAUGAACUGAGUAGUAAUUCUGAAAUUGAUGAUGGAACAGUGCUCAAAGCAAAUCGUUAUGCUGAAGGAAAUGAUGCUCCGUCUACCAAACAAAGUGCCAACAGUAUUGACACACUUGAUGACUCAGCAGAUGAGGACAGUUUUGUAAGUGCCUAUGAGGAACUUACCAGUGCAGACACUGAAGUAAAUAACAAUGGAAAUGUUACAAGGAGCAACAUUGCUUGUGAUAAUGUUGUUAUAAAUACAGUUGAUGCAGUUACGGAAAAAGGAGAUCACCGUUUUGAUACAGGAAAAGAUGGUGAAUUUGUCGACAAAGCAGAAGAGAAACUAAAAGUCAAGACCAAAGAUGAAAAACAAGCAGGUGUUGUCAGUGAACAAGAAGGAAAGGGGAAUGACAAAAAUGUUGUUGAAAAUGUGGAUACUGACAUUGAAGAAGAGCAACUUGUGGAAUCUGAUGAUGAAGAAGAGGAUCAGUUUAUCAUUGAUGCUCAGGUAUUUGACAACUUGGAAUGGGAAGUUGAGUGUACCGCAGAAGUGUGGAAGACGCUGCGAGAUCGACACGUAACCACAGAGCUAAAGCAGCGCAUUGUACACAAGAUCCAGCUACUGGCUAGCGGGGACUGGCAACCCCAUCUGUGCAAGAAACUGAGAAAUGUGCCUGCCACACUUAACCUGUUUGAGGCAAAGUUCAGUAAAGGGAGAAGGAUCAUCUGGGAGCUAGCUGUAGCCUUCUCUCCAAGGCUGAGUGAGACAGCAGAGCGGCGUCUACAUCUAGAGCAAGAGGAGAUAACACAGGCAGUGAAGGGAGGAAGAAUCUACUCUGAAAUCAUCCGGGUCUGGGACAUUGUACUGGACCAUGACAAAAUUUACAGGAGUGUCCAGCGUAUUAAAAAGUCGCACCAGAGGGGGGAGGAUUGUAUAAUACAGAAGAACCUCCGGGGAAUGAAGACGGACGCACAAACCUUGCCCCUAGGGGCGGGGAAACGCUACCCAAUACUGUACGCUGAGGAGGAAGUUUCUGAAGAAGCGAUGCAGAAACAACAUCAGGAAAUGCAGAGGUUUUUCCCACCAGCCAGUUCCAACGACACGGAGUACCACAUCCUCAAGUUCUACUCUUUUUCAUCCAUACUCGUGAGCCACGUGCUACAGAACAUUGAGACCAAGGUGGAUUUCCCAUUCCGCGUGACUGACCUCGAACAUGCCAUUAUCAACUUGGAAUCAAGGGCUCCCAUAUUACUGCUAGGCAGGAGUGGCACAGGAAAAACAACUUGCUGUAUGUACCGCCUAUGGAGUCAGUUCCACAAGUACUGGAUGAAGGCACGUGAAGCAGACGCCCCAUUACUGCCCCGAUGUGUCGAGUUUGUACACCAAGAAAUGGUAGAAAUACUCUCCGAGGAUGAAGAGGAGGAACCUGAAGAAGAUUCCAACACAGGCAGAUAUGAGAGUGAAGGAGCUACAGCAAGAACAAGUACACCGGACCCUGGAGUUGAGCCAGAGGACCAGAUGGCAGAAGGGGACAUGUCCUAUGACCAUCUACACCAGGUGUUCAUCACAAAGAAUGCUGUCCUUUGUAAUGAGGUGCAGAAAAACUUCAACGAGCUGAGUCAUGCUGAUGACCUCAUGGUAGAGCAUGUGCAGCAUGAGGACGAGGCCCUUCCUCCCAGACUUCAGGACGUUGAGGACUAUGGCUUCCCGAUGUUUGUUACGUCCAGACAGCUGCUCCUGAUGCUCGAUGCCUCCAUUGGACAACCAUAUUUCUUUGACAGGAAGGAGGAUGGGAGUCUGAAGGUGGACAUUGCUGGAUGGACAGACCUCGAUGGUCCUCUUAGUUUCCUGCCUCUUCUUCAUGAGGACUCAGACGCAGAGGAUGAAGCAGAGGAAUACAUUGAAGAAGAAGAAGAGGUGGAGGAGAUUCAAAGCGGAGCCAGUGGAAAGAAACUUAAGGUUGAUCCUCGCCGGGAGAUAACCUACACUGUGUUUGUGGAGGAGAUUUGGCCUCGUAUCAAGAAAAAGGCCAUCUACCAUCCAUCCCUGGUGUGGACAGAGAUCAUGUCGUUCAUCAAGGGCUCCUUUGAGGCGCUGUCCAAACCCAAUGGCUACCUUGAGAAAGAAGAGUAUUUCAAACUUGGUCGCAAACGAGCUCCAAAUUUCUCUGAAGAGCGAGACUCCAUCUACUCCUACUUUCUGAAAUAUGAACACUUCAAGAAGCAGAACUCGCUAUUUGAUGAGACCGACCUGGUUCACGACACAUUCCGUCGACUUCGAGUCUUGAAGUGGCGUCCAUGGGUUAUCCACCAGAUAUAUGUGGACGAGACUCAGGAUUUUACCCAGGCAGAACUGUGUCUGCUCAUCAGACUGUGUCAGAACCCUAACGACAUGUUUCUUACAGGUGAUACUGCCCAGAGUAUUAUGCGAGGCAUCUCAUUUCGAUUUAGUGAUCUUCGGUCGCUCUUCUUUCAAGCCAAAGAAUCUAUGCAGGCAAUGGGCAAAACAUCGGCUGUUGAGGUCCCAAAACAGGUCUACCAGCUUACCCACAACUACCGUUCUCAUGCCGGUAUUCUCUCCCUGGCAACCAGUAUUCUCGAACUCAUGGUUGAGUUCUUCCCCGAGUCGUUUGACCGCCUUCAGCCAGAUCAGGGCUUGUUUCAUGGUCCCCAGCCAAUACUACUGGAGUCGUGCAGUUUUGGGGACCUUGCUGUGCUCCUCAGGGGGAAUCGGAGGAAGACGUCACAUAUUGAGUUCGGGGCCCAUCAGGCUAUUUUGGUGGUGAAUGAUGCAGCUAGAGAAUCCAUACCGGAAGAGCUGAGACUUGGCCUUGUGUUGACCAUAUAUGAGGCCAAGGGUCUUGAAUUUGAUGAUGUACUUCUCUACAACUUCUUUAAAGACUCACAAGCAAACAAGGAAUGGCGAGUGGUAACGGAGUACCUGGAGAGACAGCUAAGCCAGCAGACGCAAACAGGAGCCCGAUAUGUGUAUGACAAUCUUGUGCAGAUUGAUAAAGACAUCCUAGCAGCCCCAAACAGACCACGGCCCCUGAAUUUCAACCCAAAUCAACACAAGGUGCUCAACUCUGAACUGAAGCACCUGUAUACAGCGUUGACACGAGCCCGCGUGAACGUGUGGAUAUUUGAUGAGGACGAUGAUAAACGUGCACCCAUGUUUGAGUACUUUAAAGCCCGCAAGCUGGUGAAGGGACUGGAGGUGGAGGAAAUCAAUGAGAAAAGCCUGUCUGAGACUGUAUUUGCUGAGAAGUCAAAUCCAUCAGACUGGUUGAAGCGUGGUGAAGAUUUUAUGCGCCAUUCUCUGUACACAGUAGCAGCCAAAUGUUUUGGUAUGGGUGGGGAUCAUGAUAGGGAGACAGUAGCCCUUGCCCAUGGACAGGCACUUUUGGCAUCCAGACUAAAGGACAACCCCAGAAAAAUGAGGGAUGAGUUUCUAUAUGCGGCAGAACUCUACCUUGAGUGUAACAAGCCUGCAAAAGCUGCCCUGUGUCUUCAGAAUGCCAAGGAGCGGGAACUGGCUGCUGAACUGUUCGAGAAACUGGGACAGUUUGAAAAGGCUGCGGAGAUCUACAGACGCAUGAAGCAGCCCCGUGACAGCAGUCGCUGCUACGAACAGUUAGGGAACUUCAACAAGGCCCUAGAUGUGCUCUCGGAGAACGAGAAUUAUGACAUGGCCAUCGAUACACUCCGUCGGUACAACAUAAAAAUCAAGGAAUUGGAACGGAAGGGCCAGCCAAUACCCCAGCAGCUGAUUGACCACAGGCCAGAGAAACACUAUACAGAGGAAAAACUCAGUCACAGGGCAGCUGAGCUGUUCCAUAAGUACAAAAAUGAGGACAAGAUGUUGGAGGCAGUGGAGAAAUUCCAGCAUGUGAAUGACCGUGUGGAGUUCCUUCGUAACCGUGGAUACAUACUGCAGGCUGCUAAGAUACGGGAGGCCAAUGGCGAUCUGGAUGGAGCUGCAAAGAUGUUACUGAUGCACGGUUGGUUGGAGGAGGCCAUCUUGAUGGCCCGGAAAACCCUUGACGAACACACGAUAGCCACAUGCCUGCUCGCCAAAUGCCGUUACCUGUCCCACAAACAGGGAAAACCGGAAACCGAUCUUGCUGCUCUCACCAGCUGUUUUAACGCGAUGGCACAGGAGGCUGCAGAUAUGUUCAAGGCUUGUGGAGACCAGGAUGGAUUGGGAUGUGUGUUGCUUCUACAGGCAGAUACAUCCGGUGAGGAUGUCCUUAUCAGCAAGGCACUCCAGGCCUUCCAGGAAGCAAAGCCGUUUGAAAACAUCGCUGGCAGUGUGGCGUGUUGCGAAUGGCUUGUAAAUAAGGGAAAGUUGACAGAGGAUGAGACUCUGAAGACAGUGAUUAAAGGCAUUGGACAUAUGUUCAAUCUGUGCAUCGCUCUCAUGUAUCCGCACAGAUCAGCCAACAUGGAGAGAGUGAGGAAGUAUGAGCAGUUCUAUGGCUUACAUCCAUGCAGCCAAGAUAAAGUUGAAAUUCAUCCUAAAGAAAGGCCGCUGUGUUUGGGUAUGUUACCAGAUCUGUUCAAAUCUAAGGGAGAUAAAAGCAAGAGAAGAUUGGAGGUCAUGAAGACUGCCGCCCAUGAAUCUGUUGUUGAGUAUUUACUGAAGCAGACCACUUUGUGGCUUGAACCAUUGUGGAACAAGCUGGAGGCCCGAAGGGAAAAAGUCCUUGAAUGUGAAAACUACAGCAUGGGUAUGGAAUGCGAAGAGAGUGGGAAUGUAGACAAUGGGUGCAACAAACUGCAUAGAGCACAGACCAAAGAUGACUUUCGGCUCAUGAUUGAAGCUGAUUUGAUGCUGAUUGAGUUUGAGGCUACAGUGCAGUCCGGAGCUAUUUACUUUAGAAAGAACUGUCCAGUAAAACUGAUACCAGCUGUUGAGGAGUUUAUCGGCGAGGGGGAGCGAGAUUUCAGCUGGAAGUACCGGGCUGUGACGAAACUGUGGGAAGAUCUGAUGCCCAAGGGAGGUCACCCCUUCUUGAUUGAUUAUGACAGCAAACAGCUGCUGGACCACAUAGUGAGAAAUGACAAGAUUCAAGGGCACUUAAGGAGGUACCUGCAAGAAAAGUGGGUUAAAGCUGUCAAAGAGAACCGGAGACUGAAAUGUUUAGCGGUACGAGAGACAGACGUGUUCUUGGUCUUCCAGAUGGGGUUCUAUAUGUUCAGGCUGAACUUUGGAAGAGAGAAGCUUGACAGGACGCCCAAUGCCGAGAUGUUAAAACUGGAGAAUGAAUUAGACAGAGAAAUUUCUGAAAAGAAGAAGCCCAUUGAGUUCAAGGGAAGCAUGAGGUUCUAUUCACUGAUGAUGGACCCAGACAAGUAUGGGAAUAUGAAUGUCCAAUGCAUUGCAAGAAGAUUUGCCGAUGCCUAUGAACAUUUGAUCUCAUAUAAUCCAUAUGAGGCUGUUUUCAGCUAUGGCAAAUUUGUGAAACUGCUUCUUGGCAAAAUGGGACUUGAUUUCCAUGACAUCGGCCUAUACAUCAUGUGGAUGGAGUUUUAUGCCGUCCUGGCAUUUCUUGUGAUUGCCAAGUUGAAAUCCCAAAACUUUCGCAAUUUUCUCUUUGUAGCCCCAAGCCACUAUAUCAGUCUACUUAAAUUCAUUGGAGCCAUGCUACCCUCCCAUGCAAGCAACAAAUCACUAGUAGAAAUUGUACAUGCUUGGAAGCCUAGCUACUCCCAAAGUCGGUCAGGUGAUGGCCAUAUGCAGGAAAGGUUGAAAUAUAUAGCAUUUGCGGUUGCUGGAUUUGGAUUCAGAGAGUUCAAAAUGAUGAAGAUACUUGUUGAGAGAUGUCAGGGAGAGCCGACAUUGUAUGCAUCUAUAGAGAGACUGCUGAUACUGGCCAUGACCUUAGUAUGCAACAUCAGUAAAACCGUGCCAAUUGAGAAUGAAACCAGCCUCAUGCGUAUGAUGUGCCAUGCAAAUUUACCUUCUGAUGCCCCUUCAAGAAUGCACCAAAGUGUCAGAGGCCUGCAAGAUUGCAAUGGCAUUGCUGAUGUUGCCGGUGUACUGAUGAACCUUUUGAAGGUCCGGGGGAGGGGAGAAGAGAUGCUUGUUUGUUCAUGGAAGGGUGACAGGAAGAAAGACCCACUGGAGAUGGUUUCUGUAGCUGCCUCAAUGGACCUCUUCAACUCCUCAUUCUUCAAGACAGAGGCCACAUUAAAUGCAAUGUGGCUUCAACACCAGGUUGAGCACCAGGAUCAGGAAACUAUGGAGGGAAUGCCCGAGGUUGAGGAGCAACAGACAGAGGAAGAAUUGAGGCAAAGUCGGCAAGAAAAACAGGAUCAGGAACAAAGAGAGCUUAAAAUCUGGGCUGUUAAUGCUAUCGCUAGGUGGUACCGAAAUAUCAUGGAAGUAAGGAUGUCUAAGGAUGUGAAGAAGCCGGAAAAUCAGGCCAUGCUGUCUGCUAUAAAGAUCGAUGAGACACACUGUGGGAUAUGCGGUGUCUUCUUUGAACAGAUAUUGAAAGAGCGCCUGAAGUUAGAAAGUUCAGUAGUCGUUGGGGAUGAAUCUGUGUUGAAUGAAACAACUGUUGAUGGGGCAAGUAAGCAGCGCAGUUUUGAAACUGCAAACAAUCCCUGGGAAAAAGAGCAAGAGAUUAAGCCUAUCAGUGAAGAACAGAGGAGACAAAGGAUGGCGGGAAUCCAUAAGGCACAUAAGAAACAGAAUUCUCAUUCACAGAAGUAUCAAGAAUUCCACAGAUUUAAGACAGACUACAAUGAAGUCGUAGAACCACAGCUGAAGAAAAUUCGAGAAUUUGUAUAUGACUCUGGUGUUGGACUGGAUAAACCACAGUAUGUGGAGCAGCAUUACAAGAGACACAAAAUGGAGAUUGAGCGCAUGUUACGAUUGAUAUCACAGAUUGAACAGGAAAUUCACUUGCAAAUCACAAGCCAUCGUUGGGCGGGAGCUGGUCGUGUAGGGCAAAAUCUGACGGAACUGAUGACUGACUUCCAGACAGUGGAGCCUUUUGUGAGAGAGGUUCAGGCUAAACUGAAACAGGACGAAGAGGACCGCUCCCGCCAAGCAUCUAGUGCCUCCAAUGGGAUGACCAUGCAAGGUCGGGCCAUGUCAGAGAAUGACGAUUUGGAAGACAUAGAAACUGUUGUGGAGGAGCCGUCUGUGCACGUCCGGAAAAGGGACCCAAAGCCACGCAGGAAAGGAAAACAACGAUUACAUAACCGAUAGUUCAUCAAACCGUCCAUAACCAGGGACGAAGAAAAUUGGAAUACCAUAACUCGUAGUUAGCUCAGGGGCAAAAUUUGUGAUUGAUGGGACAUUUUAAAUGUCAAAUUGACGUUUUUUUCUGUUAUUGAUAUACAGUGGACAUUUUGUUACAUUAAAAAUUUUCAUUAGAGCUACAUGACAUGUGUACUCUAAUUGAAGUCUCUUGACAUAAACAUUCACUUUUUCCAUGAAGUACAUGUACCUUUUAACUAAACUUGAUUAUGAAUACGAUUGACCAGUCGCCAGUAGACAAUAAAAAAAGUAGUCGACCAGUAAUAUUAUACUUUGACAAUAAAAAAGGAGCAUGUAAUUGCAAUAUCCAAUGGAUUAGAUAACAAACAACUACCAUGUGAUCUAGUUAAUUUUCGCGUAAAUGUCUGGAAACCAGUGAUAUAAGACUGCUGACAGAAGAUCAGAUCGCAGGUUUUCAUAUUAAAAAAAAAAUCAAAAAAAUCCAGACAUUUACUAAAAAAUAAUGGCUCAUCUCAAGACAAAAAAAUCAAAAAAGUUGUCAAAACGGUCAAUUUAUUGGAGUGCAGCUUUAAAGCUAUGGUUGUAAUCAACCAGUGAGGCGUGGUAACCCUGGACAACUAAAAGCAUGUAGACUUAUUAAGAGUUUAAGUAGGUUAUUAGGACAAUAUGGCGGUCAUAAUUCGAUCCAGAAUCCUCAUUUGUUCUGGCAAGUGGUCAAAUACUGUGACUACUUCAACCCAAAUUCUCCAUUUAGAAACUGCGACAUUAAUGGUUGGCUGUUUUCUGCACAGUUUUGUGCUAUGAGAUCUCAAUUUAAAUGUAUCAUAAUUGUUUAUUACAUUAUUUUUCAUUUAUUUGGUGUGUUGUUUACUUGUCUAUUGGUUUAUUCAUAUUUUACUUAACUGUAGUUUGUUUUUUCUCAAAUGUCUAAUGUGAAUAGCGUUAAUAUAAUUGAAAUGACAUUUACCAAAGUUAAAAAUUAUCUUUUAGACGAAAGGGUGGGAGAACCAAAUUAUGGUCAUUUUUUAGUCUUAAAACGUAUGGAGGCUACUGCUUAUAUAAGUACUUAAUUGAUUUAGGCUCAUUUAUCUAAUUGCAAUGAUGGAAAUUCGAUUUUGUAUGAACAAGCCAAAAAUCUUAAUCUAGAGCUUGGAACAAAAAAAAUCAAAAAGCCCUGCUAUAUAACGUCCAGGAUUUCAGCUUGCAGGCUUGUGCUUAUUUCGAUCACCGUAAUUGUUAUUUUUGUCAACUCUUGGUUUGAUUCAAAUCAGUUGUUAACAAUUUCUCUAACAUUAAAACAUUACUAAUUCAUAAGUGCCUUAUAACAUGUGCCAUUAUUUUUUGUGUGCCAUUUUUAUUCCAUUUCAGCUGGGAUAGGUCCAUUUGAAUGUCUGUAUCAUCAUGUUUAAUACCUUGCCUUGUUAUAUCUGAUAACUAAUGCAAGUUUUUGUUUUUUUAUUUUUUUUAUUUUUGAGUUUUGAUUUGCCAAUGUUUUUCAUAAAGCUAUGUGUGGUGCAAUCCUUUGAAGUGAUAACCUUGUUGACGCUGUCGUUGGCGUCAUAGUACAAAACCUUGACCAUUACUCAAAAUCUGAACAAGAUAUUCUGUAACUUUGUGCACACAUACUUUGACCUUUGUUGUGAACUCUAUUGUUUUGAAAAUUGACAUUUGUAUCCUGAAAACUGAAAUAUGUAUAUUUUAUGUUCCAAUUUAACUUUACAUUUACUUAAUCAUUUAAUGAUGUUAUAUUGAUUUUUUUCCCAUUUUUUAAGACCUUUCAAUGAAAAAUAUGUCUUAGUUGAAUCUUUGAAUAAUAUAACAUGGUGUUCUUGUAUUUCUUGUGAUAAGAUUUGUUUAAGGAAAACACCAUUUACAUUUUAGAAUAUACAUGUAUGCAUUCAGUUUCCUUUAAAAAGCAUCUCCUUCAAACCACUUGACCAAUUUCAAGCAAACUUCACAGUAAUGUUUCUUGGAUGAUCUUCAGAUUCUUUAAAUUAAAAUUGUUCCAUGUAAGGGAAAAACUUCUCCAUAGAAACCGCUGGCCAUAUUCCAAAAUAAUUCACAGAAAUGUUACUAAGGUGGCCCUUGAUCAAAUUCCUUCAAGCCAUGUUGGUUUGUUACAAACAUGGCUGACAGUUUUCACAAUGUAUCUAUAUGUAAAGUUUUGAAAAUCUCAUUGGAAACCACUGGCAAGAUUUUAAAAUAAUUUCAAGGAUAUGUUUCUGAGAUAACCCUUUGUUAAAUAUCUUUAAGCCAUGUUGGUUUGUUGAAAACGAUGGCUGACAGUUUUCGCAAUAUAUCCAUUUGUAAAAUUUGAAAAUCUCAGAAACCACUGGCAAGAUUUUAAAAUAAUUUCAAAGAUAAAUGUUUCUGAGGUAACCCUUCUUCGAACUCCUUCAAGCCAUGUUGGUUCACUAAAAAACAUUGCCAACAGGGGUUUGGUUAGAUUCACACUGACCUAUAUGAGGAAAACUUGUGAGCUUAAAUGGCCAUCUUGGCCCGCUUGUUUGUAGACAUUUUUGAAAUGAGGAACCCUAGUAUUAGAUUUAUUUCCUUCUGUAUAUUUAUUCACAUUACUUUCUUUUCGUUUGGUUAAGUUUUUCAUUCUGUUCCUAUUUUUAUUUGUUGAAAGUUACUUCACAAGCUGUUUUCAUUUCACUUUGUUAAUGUUAUGUUCACGAGAAUAAAAGUUUCAUUUA